AUGUGGUCGUCGAGCCAGGCGAGCACGAGGGGCGUGGUGGACAUGGGGAGGGUGGAGGCCGGGCCGUCGCAUUUCCCCAAGAGGCCCGCGCCCCGGAAUUCCGCCAGGGUCAAUCCAUCAAGGACACGCGCAGUGAAACCUUGCUCAGCUGGCGACCGCCCAGGAAUUUCUGUUAAAUGCAACUUGGGGUGGUCUUCUCAAACAUCUCCUGACUUGAGGCAUCACUUUAGAGGAUAUUCAUCAGCAUCAGAGGCAGUUCUUACCGCCCAAUCAGAUUUGAGAAAACUUCUUGUUGGCAAUGAAAAAAUUGGUGUUCUCUUGCUGAAUCUUGGGGGCCCAGAGACUCUUGACGAUGUGCAGCCUUUCUUGUUUAAUCUUUUUGCAGAUCCGGACAUUAUCCGUCUUCCUAGGCUCUUUCGCUUUCUGCAGAAGCCACUUGCAAAAUUCAUAUCGGUAGUGAGAGCACCAAAGAGUAAGGAAGGUUAUGCAUCCAUAGGUGGCGGUUCUCCUCUCCGACAAAUUACUGACGCACAGGCUGAAGCACUGAGGGAGGCAUUAUGUGGAAAAGAUGUUCCUGCCAAGGUGUAUGUUGGAAUGCGGUAUUGGCAUCCCUUCACUGAAGAAGCCAUAGAACAAAUAAAACGGGAUGGAAUCACAAAACUUGUUGUGUUGCCUCUAUACCCUCAGUUCUCCAUAUCAACUAGUGGUUCAAGUCUCCGUUUAUUGGAGAGCAUAUUCAGAGAGGAUGAAUAUCUUGUGAAUAUGCAACAUACAGUUAUACCUUCCUGGUAUCAACGUGAAGGAUAUAUCAAGUCUAUGGCAACUUUGAUUGAGAACGAAUUGACAAAAUUUCCAGAACCCCAAAAGGUUAUGAUAUUUUUCAGUGCUCAUGGAGUUCCUCUGGCAUAUGUUGAAGAAGCUGGUGAUCCAUAUAAAGCAGAAAUGGAAGAGUGUGUCGAUCUUAUCAUGGAAGAACUGGAAAAAAGAGGAACAACAAAUCCAUGCACACUUGCUUAUCAGAGCCGAGUUGGACCAGUGGAAUGGCUGAAACCGUACACUGAUGAGACAAUUAUUGAGCUUGGGCAGAAAGGGGUAAAGAGCCUGCUUGCUGUUCCCAUUAGUUUUGUCAGCGAACACAUUGAAACUUUGGAAGAAAUCGAUGUGGAGUACAAAGAGUUGGCUUUAGAAUCUGGCAUCAAGCACUGGGGACGAGUUCCAGCAUUAGGUUGCGAACCCACAUUCAUUUCGGAUCUUGCUGAUGCUGUUAUUGAAAGCCUUCCUUAUGUUGGUGCAAUGGCAGUUUCCAAUCUUGAGGCUCGGCAGUCUCUCGUACCCCUCGGGAGCGUGGAGGAGCUGCUAGCAGCAUACGACUCGAAGCGCGAUGAGCUCCCCCCUCCGGUGAUCGUGUGGGAGUGGGGCUGGACGAAGAGCGCAGAGACCUGGAAUGGCCGUGCUGCGAUGCUGGCCGUGCUGGCUCUCCUGGUGCUGGAAGUGACCACCGGCAAAGGGUUCCUGCAUCAAUGGGGAAUCCUGCCCCUGUUCCACUGA